GGACAGAGGCGACGACCUGAAAAACAUCCGUUGUACUUUCACAUGGAGUAUGUGCGAAGAACAUUCCAAGCAGACGUUACUAGUCAUUACCAACUACCUUACCCAGAUUUCAUCCUGCAUCCUCGGACGUUUGGAAAGCAGAGCAAGUCAUCAAGAAAUUUGAACUCUCGUGACGUGACUGUUAUCAUCUGCCUAUCUGCUGGAAUGCGCAUACCAGGCUUUGCUGCCAAGAUGAAGUACAUAAGUCUGGUCAUCCUGGUCGUCCAGAAUGCCUCGCUCAUCCUGACCAUGCGCUACGCUCGGACGAUGCCAGGAGACAUGUUCUUCUCCACGACAGCGGUGGUCAUGGCGGAGGUGUUGAAGCUGGUGGGCUGUGUCCUGAUCAUUAUGUGUCAGUACGUGGGCUUCAGGGCCUGCACUCAACACCUGUACUCAGAACUGUUCGGGAAUCCUAUGGAUAGUCUGAAGAUGGCCGUUCCCGCACUUGUCUACACCCUGCAGAAUAACCUGGCAUACGUGGCCAUUUCCAACCUGUCAGCUGCAACUUUUCAGGUGACCUACCAGUUGAAGAUCAUGACGACAGCUCUGUUUUCCAUCCUGAUGUUGGGGAAGAGUAUCAGUCGUAUGCAGUGGGUUUCUCUGUUCCUGCUGUUUGCUGGGGUGUCUGCUGUCCAGCUGGAGUCCACUGGUGCCACAAGCUCAGGAAAGGCAACAGGAGAGAAAGUAGAAACCGAACAGAACCCACUCCUCGGGCUGAUAGCCGUAGUGGUAUCUUGUAUAUCUUCUGGCUUUGCGGGGGUGUUUUUUGAGAAAGUCCUCAAAGGUUCGGUGGCAUCGGUCUGGGUUCGAAACAUCCAGCUGGCCUUUUUCAGCAUCCUCCUCGGACUGAUAUCCAUGUGGACAAAAGACGGAGCCGCCGUCUCGGAAAAGGGCUUCUUCUACGCCUACAACUGGGUGACUUGGAUGACUAUCUGCAUGCAGGCCUUCGGCGGCCUCUUGGUCGCAGUCGUUGUGAAGUACGCAGACAACAUCCUCAAGGGCUUCGCCACGUCAUUCUCCAUCAUCCUGUCGUGCAUCGCGUCGGUGUACCUCUUCAGUUUUCACAUCACGCUGCAGUUCGCCUUCGGAGCGACGCUGGUCAUCUUUUCCAUCUACCUGUACGGUAAACCUGCGCGCCCAACCACGACAAACAGCGACGGGAUGAAGGGCCUCCCGACCAAGAUAUCCGAAACUGGGCCCUCUAAGUUGAAGGGAGAGAAGGGGGAGUGAUUGCAUGGUGGUGUGGUGAGGUCCUGUCAAGCAUGUGUGUGGCACUAGAACUAGACCAGGAACGAUCAAAACUGCUUUUGGCCCAGUUUGGACAUGCUGUGCAACUUUGUCUUUUUGUCCCAUCCUCUGAUCCUUCCUGGUCUAUGGUUUUCCCUGGCUUGUAAGAUUGUGGGAACUUUGUUGUUGAAGAGGUUCAUCAGUCACAUAUGCAUACAGUUACAACAAAUUUUCUUCAAUCAAUGACUGUUUUGUAAAGGUACAGUACAUAC